UUUUAGGGUUUAUAUGGGCCAUUUAUUAGUAUACAGACUUGGGCCUAAUUUUCCAGCUAGUCACUAGCCAUGAAGGGUUUUUUUUUGUUUGUUUGCGGUUUUCACCCAAGUAGUAACCCCUUGGAGGAUUGUUUCGAUUUACUGUUCUUAACAAUGAGUUUCGUGGUCAACAACAGUAACAAUGGCGAACCCAUAUGAUAUAAUCCCUUCACAACAGAGAAGAACCGAGGACAAUGGUAGCAGUUGCUUGGAGGUCUUUGUUGCCUGUAAUAAUAAUCUCUGCUUUUAUAGUCUAUGAGGAGCGGGUCUCAUUUCCAUCUUGCAAGCACCUGCCUGACACCACCAACCAUCCCGGUGAACAUGUCGGCAACGAAGAUGGUUCGCCCGAGGAUCUUAAGGUUAUGAUGGUCGCCAACUUGCUUUUGCUUGGCUCUGAAGCUGGUUUUGUCAACCUCUAUUUCAGAGAUUAUUACAUGUCCAAGUUUUUCAAGAGUUUGAAGCCUGAUAUGCUACUAGUCUUAGGAGAUGUUUCUGCUAAAGGGUCGGAGUUGUCAAGAAGUAAAUGGUUAUCGGUGUUUCAUCAGUUUGAUCAGAUAUUGGGACCGUUUCUUGAACUCCCUUUACAUGUUAUUCUUGGUGACAGGGAUGUUGGAGAGUGUUGUGAUCUUGAUGCAAAGUCUGUUAAUUGGGUAGCUAGGAAUUUUCCGGGAUUGGAUUCAUCAGGAUGUGGUGCUUUUGAAAUUAGCAAUAUCAGCUUUGUUUCACUUAAUGCCGUGGCAUUGCUUUGUGGUAAUAAUAAGCUUAGGUUUGGUGUUGAGAAGGUAAUAGAAAGGGAAAGUGUAGAUCUACAAAUGAAAACAAAAAGCACAGCUGAAACAAAGGAUGAGUCUGGCAUGUCUAGGGAGCUGUCCUAUGACUUUGGGUGGAGAGAAAAUGCUAUGACAUCUGGUUCUGGACCAGUGCUAGUACUUCAUUUUCCUUUGUACCGGCCAGGAAACACCUAUUCUAGGGAAGGUAGUGCUUUCAAGUCUACCAUUCAUCCAUCAGGACAUAGUUCAAAUUUCAUAGAGAGCAGCAACUUUUCUGCGAGUGGGCCUUAUGAUCUAUCACAAACUGUGCCGCCAAAUGCUACUGAAUACAUUUUUCAUGCUCUUAAACCUAGGAUUAUUUUUAGUGCUCACACACAUGAAUUUAGUGAUCACAGUCACCCAGAUGGGACCCGUGAGGUAACAGUCCCAGCCAUGACGUGGAACACAGGGAAUGACCCAGGUUUUGUUGUUGCAACCUUUCGAGGGAACAAUAGUGCAGUAAGUGUCACCUAUUGCUCUGUCGCUAGGGAAUCUGAUAUAUUAAUAGCCUAUACUUGUACUCUGGUUCUGUUUAUAAUCCUUGUCAUUGUAUCAAAUACACCACAAUUGAAAGAUUUUUAAGAUGAUGAUUGUGGAAUACCUCCCAACCAUUCUGUGUUGUGCAU